AUGGCAGCAAAAAUCGCACGACGUCCGCGGCUGCAGCCGGCCGUGCUGUUGCUGUCGCUCCUCGCUCCCUGCACCGCCCUACGAGGCGCCGCGGCGCGUAGCGGCGGAGCGGUCGCCUGCAUCGACAGCGCCGUUCAGCAUCGUGUGCCGCGGUGGCGUGAUGCGCUUCCGCGCGGCGACGAGCUCGACGAUCGGAUCCUCAGCGUGGCACUCCCGUCCAUCGCCAACCUGGCGGUGAUCCCUCUCGUUGGCGCGGUCGACACCUUCUGGAUCGGGAGGAUGGGUGACGCGCUCGCGCUGGCCGGCCAGGGCGCUGCCAACCAAGUCUUCUUUUCGACCUAUUUUCUCAUCGCCUUCAUCCCGACCAUCACGGCCCCUCUCGUGGCCAAGGCCGCUGGCGGCGGCGACAUCGAUGGCGCGGCGCGGCGCGUCUGCGAGGCCCUCUUCCUCGCUAACGUUCUCGGCGCCCUCGGCACCGCCUUGCUGGUACUGUUCCCGGCCGCGCCGCUGUCGGUGGUGCUGCCGCCGACGGCGCCCGCCUUUGAGUACGCAAGGCGGUACCUGCGGCUGCGCUCCCUGUCCCUCAUCCCCGCCCUCCUCUCUUCGAUCGGCUUCGCCGCCUUCCGCGGCCUCCUUGACAACGCGCUCAACCUCGUCCUCGACCCGGUCCUCAUCUUCGGGGCGCGCUAA